GCGUAAAUGCCGACGACGGCGCAACCGUGCGCACGCCGACCGCUUCCUUCCGUGUCCCAGCCGCAACUGCGCGUUCCGUGCCAACCGGCCGGGGCAAGUGGCUGGCCGGGCGACGGUGGCGCCACGCGCGGCCGCCGUCGCAGUCGCCGCCGCCGGAACCAAAGCGAUAGCGGCGACCGCAGGCCUUCAGUCUCACAGCGGACAGCGACGCUCACGAACCUCGCAGGGGCCGCAGCCAGCCGCGCCGCCGCCAGCAUCCAGCUCGGAGAAGAAACGACAGAUCAGCGCACCGGCCGGGAUCAAUGGUGGUGCUGCGCGGGUUGCCGUCCGGUGCUUCCAGCAGGCGCUCAUUGUGACACGAGAGUUUAUUUCAAAAAAGAUGCCCUCACCCCGAGAAUCUCCGCCUGAGGAGGCGGCCACCCCCGCGUGCAGUGACCGUGCCACUCCCCCGCCAGAGGCGGACGCCGACCCAGACGACGGCCGUCUGUUCAAUGCCACCGCACGAAAUGCCAGGGGCGCCGCUGACAACCACAGCCGGCAGGGCGGGCGCGGCCAGCAGCAGAGUUCGAGCAGCUGCUCGCCGUGCUCGACGCCCGUGGAGUCCCGCGGCAGCCAGCGCCAGGGGGCGCUGCGCAGCGCGCGCUCCACGCCGGGGGACCUGGGCUGCGCGGCGUGCGGCGCCUGCGGGGCGCGCCUCCACCCCCAGCUGCAGCCGCCCCCGCUGCGCAGCGCGCGCUCCUCCCCCGCCGACGUCAGCGGCGGCCGCCCCCAGCAGCAGCAGCAGCAGCAGCCGCCCCCGCGAAGGCCGCACGCCGGCCGGCCCGCCUCCUGCCCGGAACACACCACCGUCGCCCCACAGCCGACCUCCAGGCCCGCGACGCCGACGCCCGUAGGCGGCAAGGAAGCGGCGUGGCAGCGGCAGGUGCCGCUGCUCAAGUCGGUGUCGCACGCGUACAUCGCGACGGCGCGCCUGCAGCAGCAGCUGCAGCAGUACCACCUCCACCAGCCGGCGCAGAGCCAGCCCGACAGCAGCGGCAGCAGCCGGCUGGGGGGCGCCGCGCCGCUGCCCUGCCCGCCCCCCGCCUGGAGGGCGCCCGGCUCCAGCCUCGACCGGCCCGUCGUGCUGGAGAACUGCACGCCGCUGCCGCCCUACAGGGCCUGCCACUGCGGGAGGAUCAAGGGAGGCGGCGGCGGAGAGGACUCGAGCACAGUGUGUGGGACGUUCGACGGCGAGGGCAUCACGGCGGAAGGCCUCUCGUGGCGCCGACUCCACAUGUCGCGCGCCAAGCUCAAGGCCACCGCCACCACCUCGGAGCUGCUCUCCGGGUUCGCCAUGGUGGCGAUGGUGGAGCUGCAGAUCAACGAGCCGACCAAGGUGCCUGAGUGGCUGUUCGUCAUGUUCUCGGUGUGCACCACGGUGCUGGUGGCGGUGCACAUCUUCGCGCUCAUGAUCUCCACCUACCUGCUGCCCAACAUCGACGCCGUCAGCAAACUGCAGGUGCAGGAGCUGGUGGGCGAGUCGCCGCACGAGCGCAUGCGCGGCUUCAUCGAGCUGGCGUGGGCCUUCUCCACGGUGCUGGGGCUCUUCCUUUUCCUGGUCGAGGUGGCCAUCCUGUGCUGGGUCAAGUUCUGGGACUACUCGUUCACGGCCGCGUGGGCCGCCACCGUGAUCGUGGUGCCGGUGCUCAUCGUGUUCGUCGCCUUCGCCGUGCACUUCUACCACAAGCUGGUCGUGCACAAGUGCGAGAGCUCCGUGGCCGACAUCCAGGAGCUGGAGGCCAUGAAGCAGCAGCUCGACUCGGCCACGCUGGCCCACUCCAAGGUGUGAGGGAGCGGCGGACAGGCGCGGCCCUAACCUGCCCAGCGCCUCGGAGCUGCGACGAUGUUUUGCAUCUGCUGCACCCCGCUCGUCAGAGAGUUUAGCCGUUGGAGGACGCACCGUGGCACAAGCGCGUGAAACAGAAACAAAAGUUUAACCAGUGAAUGCGGAUACUUGAAACGGUGCAAGGCUGUGAGAAGUUAGUGACCGUGUCGACUGACGAAGUCGGAAGAAGAAAUAAGCGCGGAAGUCGCGAAGACACGAAAGCCCGUCGUUUUGACGCACCCUAGAUUGCGAUAACGCUCGCGACAGCAGUAAUAGUGUUAGCAAGCCACUAUCAGCGUAACCAAAAUCGUACGUUAGCGCGUCCAGGAAUCUAGCACCAUGUCAAAUCUCACAUCAGCCUGACGAGCAACAUGUAGGAAAUAUUCUACACAUUGCACCUCAAACGAUGAUUUUCUGUAGACGGCAGUUUCUCUCAUCGUGCAAGCUCUGAAAUUCCAAAAUAUCUUCUGUAUGCUAUAUUAAUGAACUUUUAUAAGGUGAGAGCAUCCCUUAUGGCGGGAUAGGGCGGUGGGCAGACAGGGCCGAAUAAUUUCAGUAAUCACAGAUGUUUUGCGCUUACGAGAAAUGUGAGGCUCUUGCAACAUCUCUUCCCCUACCUACUCCAUCGCUCAGCUUCAGUUUCAUUGUUUGUGUAGUCCAGGCACGGCGACUUGGAUUUGA